CAGGCGGGCCAUGCUGUGAUGGCAGCCGUGGGUUGACAUCAAAACCUUACCGAGCAGAAACUAUUUAAAAGUUAGCGGAAAAAACUCCCGACAACAUAACACAGACCACAGCAACAGUUUUCAGAUAGCUACACGCUUCAACGCACUCCCCGCCCGGGCAGGGAAACGUGGCACUAUGCCCGCAGCUACUGUGGAUCACAGCCAGAGAAUAUGUGAGGUUUGGGCCAACAAUCUGGAGGACGAGCUGAAGAGGAUCAGACAUGUCAUACGGAAAUACAACUACAUUGCGAUGGACACAGAGUUUCCGGGAGUCGUAGCCCGGCCGAUCGGAGAGUUCAGGAGCAACGCUGACUACCAGUACCAGCUACUGCGCUGCAAUGUGGAUUUACUCAAAAUAAUCCAGCUGGGCCUCACAUUUAUGAAUGAGCAAGGGGAAUACCCGCCGGGGACAUCAACGUGGCAGUUCAAUUUUAAGUUUAACCUCACAGAAGAUAUGUAUGCACAGGACUCCAUUGAGCUCCUGACCACUUCAGGGAUCCAGUUCAAGAAGCACGAGGACGAAGGCAUCGAGACACUUUACUUUGCAGAGCUGCUGAUGACGUCAGGAGUGGUGCUCUGUGACGGAGUCAAGUGGCUGUCGUUCCACAGCGGCUACGACUUUGGAUAUUUGAUCAAGAUUCUGUCCAAUGCCAACCUGCCCGAGGAGGAGGGAGAUUUCUUUGAGAUUCUCCGCUUGUACUUCCCAGUCAUUUACGACGUCAAGUACCUCAUGAAGAGCUGUAAAAACCUGAAGGGCGGGCUGCAGGAAGUAGCUGAGCAGCUGGAGCUGGAGAGGAUUGGACCUCAGCAUCAGGCUGGCUCUGACUCUUUACUCACAGGCAUGGCCUUCUUCAAAAUGAGAGAGAUGUUCUUUGAGGAUCAUAUUGAUGAUGCAAAGUACUGUGGUCACUUGUACGGCCUUGGUUCGGGCUCCGCCUACGUCCAGAACGGGACCGGAAAUGCGUACGAGGAGGAGGCGAACAAGCAGCAGUCGUGACGUCGCUCUGAGGCUCUCCACCCUGCAGCUCAACGUCCAACACUCGGCGCAUCAGCGAGGCCCAGCGCCUACAGCCGGAUGACAACAUAACGGAAUGCAUCAUUUAGCAAGCUGUUUCUCAUAGGCUCUGCUCACCUUAGACAAGUGAACAUGACGGUUAAAAAGAUCAAACUGUCCCGACCCAUGCCGUAGCUGCGUGUGAGAGUUUAGUCUUUUAUUCCUACGUGGCAGCCUAGACUGUGUGGUUGAAUAAGUUCAAUUUAACAUGCUUGAAACGAUGGGAUUUUAGUUCUCCUAAAGCGUUCUGUAGAAAUGUCAUGCACUUUAAAGCUCUAACCUGAUUUUAUAUGGAAAGCUGAACACGCUUCUGGUGUGCGUCUCUCCUCUUUGUUGCCUUCUGUGUUCCCAUUUUACAUAGUGAACAUGUAAAUCUUUACCAUCACCGCAGCAGCUCUCACCAUGCUCAGCCUUAAUAUUAGCUGCAUUUUUUUCUCUUUUAAACUUUUAAUUUAUUGUGCUGGUUGUGUGAUAAUGAGUAGUUUGCCCAUUUAACACUAAGACCUCCAGAUGUGAGCAUGCUUCACCCCCUGAUAAUCCCGGUGGAUCAGAAGAAAGGCAGCUGUCAUUAUGUGUGUUUACCUGCACUACAAUCUUUACGUUUUGCUCAUUUGUUCCUAUAAAGAGAAUGUUUGACCUGAUUAAGCUGUGAUUUCACUUUGAAAACUGUCGGGCAGGUGCAUCUUGCUGUAGAUUAGAAUGUGGAAACAAGUGAAAACCAACUUGUUAACUAUCGGUUUCUGUUUUCCUGUCUGCAUUGGCGACGAUGCUCAGAUUACUUGCUUGCAGAGGUAUCGGCGGCAGGUAGCAGGAUGCAUACAGAUGGUUUUCACAAGAUUUAUGUGAAUUGUGUUUGUAAACACUCUCAAUGACGCGACAACACACGAGCAAAUGGAGAAACUCCACUUGGCCAAUCAUCUAAAACACUAGAGCAAAAAAAAAAACAAAAAAACUGAAUAGUCAAAGCAAUUAAAACAUUUGCCAUCUAUGGGGCAUGCUGAGGUUCCUAUAAACUACUCUGUUGAGAGAAAGGUUUUGUUUUUAAUUGAACUUCAGGUUUUGUAGACUUUUAGUGUUGUAAUUUAAAUAAAAAAAAGUAAAAGUUUAAGGCAUUGGAACAUUAACAUUGCUUGUUAAUCUGCAUCCUCUUCUUCCAGAUGCCAUAAUGUUACUUUAGAAUGACGUUUCUUUUUUCCUGUUUUGCUUUCCAGUUCACUCAUGCUGCGUAGAACAGCCGCAUGCACGGAAACGUUGGGAUAAAUGCCGUUGUAGUUCCUGAGCUUAACUAGGCGUGUGUUGAAGUGUAGAUUUGCAGUUUAUUUUAUCCUCUCUGUAACAAAAACAGAAGUGGGGUGUUUUUUUCUUUUUCUGCAGCUCAUCUACACUGUUAAGGAGUAAAAUAAUAUGCAAUAUGAGAGGAAUGUUUUUAAAUUAAUCCUUUUUUUUUUUUUUGUAAAUAAAGUCAAAAGUUUU